GCUCACAAUGGCGUCCCAAUCAUCGGAGACCUCAAUCAGCACCGACUCCUAUCCAAGUAAUUACAAAUCCGUUAGCAGCAAACAGCAAACAUCAAGCUCCUCCGGUUCCGAAGCGGAGAAACGAUGCACCUCAAGCUCGGACUCCAUCCCUGACUCCACGUCAACACUCUUCACCGCGGUGCGGAAAUGCCCCAAGUAUAGAAAAUGGAACCGCGCGGCACACGAAACUGGUCGUCCAUACGAGCGGCUGGAUUUCGACACCCCGUUCAAGCCACUUCCCGGGUAUUUUCGUCAGGUCGGAGGGCUGGGAAUUCCCGCUAGAGAUCCAUCCCUCCCGCCCGGGGUGAACCCUUUCCACAGACGAACCGUCGUAGAUGAAAUCCACCACAAACGGGUAACGGGUGCGAACGUGUAUUCCAUUACGGAGGAGCCGAAGCAGGUGUCUGGUGUCUUCCCAAAAGGAGAGGAGGAGAAGAAACUGCCUUUAGAAAUUGUGCGAGACAUAGUGCUGGCUGACAACAUGGAUUCAGAUGUCGAAGAUGCUGGAGCACCCGAGUCGGAUGAGAGCGAAGAUCUGUCGUCCGUAAGCUGGGAUGCUUCCGAGUUGCGACCUGCGAAGGACGAGGUGUUGCGGGAAUGCAAGAGAGAUUUCUUCCGGGCGAGGAAGCAAUUGUUCAAAAUGCGGCAGUAUGAGAGUUACCUGGAGGACAAGUAUAGAAUCCCGGACAAGGUGGAAUCCUGGAUAAUCUCAUCGGAAAGUUCCAUUGUGUCGGAUGAUGGUUCCGAGCAAAUACCCAUUGAACAGGAGGUUGAACCAGAAUCUUUCACGUGGACCGAUGAUGACUUCAAACCCACAGAGAUUGUUCGGGAAAAGGACAAAGAACCCGUUGUGGAACAUCAGCAUCAACAUUUGGAACAAAUUCGUGAAUAUCUUUGGGAGGAAUAUGCCAGAAAGGAACGCAAAGCACAGCGACAACCAAUUAUUCCGGAACCAUUGGAAGUGUGGGAGAUUUUGAGAGACUUACCGAAGCAAGAUUACUUAAAUCGAGAGAAGCAGCAAUUCAGACAGUAUCUGGUCGAACGUCUCGAUGCUAUGCUAGAAUGCCAAAGGGUUGUUCCUAAGAAUCUACCACAAACAAGAGCCGAAUUCGAAAAAUUCAACAAUGAAAUAAUGAGAGAACGACGUGAACUAGUCGAUGAAGCAAUUGUGAUGGAAAGAUACUACCAAAGAGUCGGACUGGAUGUGACACUCCCCGAGAAAGAUCUUCCGCUAAGACAGUAUAGAGCGGUCGAUUACAAAAGUGAUGAAUCGGAGGAGGAGCUCGAAGAUUUGGACAGUGAAGAGACCCUGGUCAAACCGGUUCACACGUGCAUGACUCGAUUGGAGUGGAGCCAUUGGUUGGGUCCGAGGAGAGUCCAAUCAAAGCUUACAUUCGUGGAUGUUCAUCAGAGGCAGAGCAAGUGAAACAGGUGGAACGAAGCGAGAGGCCCAGAAUAAAGCGCUCGAUAACAGAGAAACCAUCCAAAUUAGCCAAGUGGAGAUUGAAAAUGUACACGAAACCGGAAAUACCCACAGUAUUUGAGUUUAAGCGAUAC